AUCUUUCAAUUUCUCCAAUAUUUUGAAAGAAAAUAGGACCAUUGCACUUUUUACCAACGAAAUGAUAUUUUAUGGUAAAAGGAGUGCUCUUAAAUAUCCAUCACUCCUUCACUUCAGAAAUCUAUAUCCAUUGCCUUAAAUUCUCCGAUCAUCUUCCUUGUCUCUCAAGCUCUCCACUUAUAUAAAUGAUUAUGAAAGCUAGGAGGCGUUUCAAGCAGGUAGAAGAAGGCAGUGAAGGUGAAGAGGGCAAGAAGAAGAACAACCCCAUUUCUGCAAACUUUUGUAAGAGCUCAACAGUUGUUGUUGGGCUGAGAAUCCUUACACAAAUCCCACAGGGAAAACAAUCUGCUGCUCUCGUUAAGCCUCCAUUGAAAAUUACCCUUCCCACCUCUACUAACCCUCAUCGUGCUCAUGAGUUGCAACCUAAUCAAUAUUCUUGCUUUCUCAAAUCAUGUUAUCUGUGCAACAAGAACUUAAGCCUAGAUAAAGAAGUUUUCAUGUACAGGGGUGACCAAGGGUUUUGCAGCAUAGAGUGCAGGGGCAGGCAAAUUGUUUUGGAUGAAAUGAGGGAACUUGAAUUGUCUUCUAAACAAAUGAUACCAUCUUAUAGGCACUGUAAUGCCGUCUCUGGCCGACGACACACCCGUCUCCUCAAAUAGGAUCUCCGCCGGAGAAAUAAAUCGCCUCAUCAAAACCAAAACCAUUGGGCAAUAAUCUUAUUAUUCAUCAUUAAAUUGAUAAUUAAUUGUUAGUGAUUUCAGCAGAAGGUGCACUUGAGUUUCGUUAUUAGGGGACUCCUUUUCUAUAAAAACGAAGAACAAAUUUGAUCAUAUAUAAGGAGUUUUUUUUUUUUUUCAAA